GUUCAACAAGAAAGUCGCUUGAAGAUGCUUUAUCAGAAGCCGAGGAUAAGAUAUCUGAAAUCAUGAAUGAGAAAGAAGAAGCUCACCAUAGUAGAGCUUCAGCAGAAACGGAGCUAAAAAAAGUGAAGGAGGAAGUUUUGAUCCAGACUGGAAAACUCACAGAGGCCUAUGGAACUAUAAAAUCACUUGAAGAUGCACUAUCACUGGUGGAGUCAGGAGACAAACGUUGCUUUGCUUUCUGAGGAGAAUAAUAAUGUGCAAGUUGGUAGAACUAAUUUGGAAAAUGAAAUGAAGAAGCUGAAAGAAGAAGCCUGAUUCCCAAUCUAUCAAGCUUACAGAUUCAUACUCAACAAUAAAGUUGCUGGAAGAUGCUUUUUUGAAGGCAGAGAAUAACGUUUCCAAACUGGUUGGUGAAAAGGAAAAGGCUGGAGAAGAGAUAGUGGCACUUAAUACCAAGUUAAAUGCAUGUAUGGAAGAGUUAGCUGGAACCACUUCCAGCUUGGAUAGUAGGUCUCUGGAGCUUUCCAGUCACCUUAACAGUCUUCAGUUGCUUUUGAAAGAUGAUAAUCUGUUGUCCUUACUUAAACGAAGCUUUGAGCUCAAAUUGGAGCGCCUCAGAGAUAUGGAUGUUCUUUUGGAAGACAUGAAGAAUCAUUAUGUCGAAAUGCAAUCAGAACCACUGCAAAGUUAUCCUGCUGUCACAAAGGAAGAUUCCGAUUUCUCGAAGUUUGCAGCUGGCCUCGACAUUAUUGCAAAUGGAGAUAUGAACAAGGGUCACGCCAAUGCAGAAGAUGGUGAUAGUUUGGAAUCCUAUUUCAGCAAAACAGUUGAAGGAUUUCAUCUUAGAAACAAGAUUCUUGCAGAUAAUGUUGAAGGUUGUUUUGCUUUCAUGGAUGAAUUUAUUGCAGCCCUUUUGACAAAAUUGCUUGCAACAAGAGAUGGACUAAUGCUUAAAGGUGACCAAAUUAUAUCUUAGAAGCAAAAGGUGGAUAACCUUGAAAUGGUUAGGCAGGCACAGGAAAGUAAGAUCGUC